GAAAAUAGCUUCUGUUAUCGUUUGAGUAUACGACGCGCAUGCGAUUUUGCUGCGAGACCUUUUCUUCGCGAGAUUAAUAAAACAAGUUUUCCCAUAAAAAGGACGCUUCGCUCGCGUUUGUUUCUCGCAACUCGAAAGUUUAAUUGCAUCAAUGCGCGUCCUCGCGUGCGAAAACAUCGAUUACUCGAUCAUGUACAUGCAUCUCGUCAUGAGCUAAAAUUAAUUAAAAGCUCUGUUAAAGCCUCGCUCUAAAAGCUCGCGCGCGCGCACGCGACCGUGCGCCGCUAAAACCUCCGCGUCGCGGUAUCCUGUUAAUGAAAUAAUACCGUCGGUGAAAGAUACCUUUCGGGUUAUAAUGCAACAGCGUGUGUGUUUCCGUGCGAAUUAAGUGUGAUCCACUUAAUGCGUCGACGCGAUAUGUCUACCGCGCUGUAACUCGACAUAUAAUUUAACACGUUGCUUCGAGAGAGCCGAAUUGAAAUAGUUCGGAAACGAUGGCUUGAUAAACGCGACACGUGAUCCCCGUGAUCUCAACGCGCAAUUUAACGCACGGUUCAUACGUAAAAAAAAUCCGACUGAAAUAUCGUAGAAAAUCGAUCAAAUACUAGCGGCGCUUCGAUAUAUUUCGCGACAAAGGAAAACUUUGUUUUACUUUGUUUCACUUUGUAUUACUUGGGCAAUCUAUCAGCUCGAAGCGCGCUCCACAUGGCGGCGCUGAAACAAUCUGCGCAAUGUCGUAAUUAUAAUCGAGUCGCACAAGGCGGAACACGUUUCGCCCGAUGCAAUUCGAUCGAGCCACGAUCGAAAGGGGAUGAAAUUCUUCAAACGCUGUAUCCGAUAAUAAUCGGCCAUCCGACGCUCGUCGUAUAUAUAUAUGGUCGUUGAUCCCCGGUUAUAAGGGACAGUAUUCCGGAGUUUCUCGCCAGUCGAUCGGCGAACUUCGACCGCGAAGGGUGUCAGAGCGAAGCGAUAGAUGCGCGAUGCGAGGAGUGCGGCGGAGUUGGUGAUCCGUCGCGAUUGAGGGAUUUCCGUUUGCAAUUAAAUUCCAUGGAUCGUCCGGCGAAAGACGACGACGCAUCGUCCAGGUCGAUUUUACACGCGAAUAAACGGCUGCUGGAGCUGGACCUCGAUUAUUUAGAAAGGAGAGGCGGAAACACAAUAACCUACGAGGGCGCCGAAGGUGGAUCGAAAGAGGAGGACAGUCCCGCGGACACAUUAGAUCGUGUUAAAGUCGUCUUCCUGGGUGCACCCGGCGUGGGAAAAACCAGCAUAAUUCGACAAUUCGUCUGGAGUGAGUUCUCCGAGGAAUAUCGACCGACCGAGAGGCGAGAGACGUUCUAUCCGAGCGUGGUGCUGGCCGAUCGAUUGUACGAAUUGAAGAUCACCGAUCUGCCGACAAUUCCGUACUUCCCGGUCAGCUCGCAUUUGGAAUGGACGGACUUCCGUUACUACGGCUUGCGCAGCGCAACGGCAUACGUGCUCGUAUUUGAUCUCAGCAAUCAGGACACGUUUCAACACAUUAGGACGUUACGAGAUCAGAUUUACGAGGCGCGCGACAUGAGAGGCGUGCCGCUGCUGGUCGUCGGCAAUAAGCAGGACGAACUGUCGCAAGCUGUCGCUUCCGGGACCAGGUACCGGGACAUCGUGAACCUCGUUCGGAAGCACUGGAGGUGCAGCUACGUCGAGUGCAGUGCCAGAUUUAACUGUCGCGUUGUACAGGUAUUCCGGGAACUAAUGAAGAGCAUUCAGGCGAUAGAGGGUAGGCCAGCUUCGCCGUCGCUCGCCCCUUCGCAACCGAUGCGAUCUCACCCGCACGACACCAGCGAGAAGUGCAUUCUUCUCUGACAUAGAGAUUAAGAAACUUUCAUGUUCUCGACAUGAGAUUGCGAGGACACGAGGUAGAGCGAAGAUCUCGCGCGAUCGUGAGCAGUCGCGAUCGCGACCGAUGACAGUCGUUAUCAAUUGACGGCGCAAGUCGACGCUAUCCGCGGUAUCGUUCGGUCCGGGCCAAUGAAGUCAGAAUGAUGAAAAUCUCGACGUUCGCAUCGCGUUCGUUACUCAUCGGUCGACAUGAGCGAUCGAGAACGAGAGAGACCGCGCGAAGAUGACGAGAUUUUUCCUCAAAGCCAUGUGUGUCAUCGCAUGAUGCACGAGUGAGGACAGGUGGAUAUAAUUUCGGAAUAAGCGACAAUAAUAAUCGAAAUUUCCUACGUGAAUCUAUUUCGCUGCGCAAAAUGCGGUAGCGGCUCUGCGAACUUGAGUAUAUCGGAAAUCUCACGGCAGUCCGGUGCAUAGAAGGGAAAGAAAAAAUCACUCGCUAAAAUCUCUAUGCUUCAACGCCUCGAAAGACUCGCUUUUUUCCGCGACAACAAAUUUCUGUGUUUGUCCUUUGUUCUUCUGGCAUGUAAUGUUGCGCGAUUGUGAUAUACACACCGAAGCAAAUCACAGAGCAUCAAGAGAUGCAAUUUUAACCGCUGUAGGCAGAAAUCAUUUUCAUGUCUUAUCAGAAUCAACUACCGAUCUCAACGCACCUCAUAAUUUCAGCAUCGCAAGACCUUGUGCCAAAAUUAAGAUUAACGGUCGACAUGGUCGAAACACAGUUCAGGAGGCGGAUUAUCGAUAUAAAAAAUAACAAAAUUACGAUACCAAGCAAAACGGGAAGAGUCGGAAAGGCGAAAGUAUAGCUCAGAAUUCUUUCCAGCUCAAUCUUCUCGCACUGCAUUCGGCCUAAUAAAAUUGACACUGUAAAAGGGAGA